UCUACUCUUCCUGGCUCCAGGUUUCUGCUCCUCGCCCUGCCUGCGGGCCCAUUGCCACCGCCAGCUGGGCCAGUCGGGAGCUCUGGGAAUCACCGCAUCCCUCACACCUUGCUUCAGAAGCAAAUAGGCCUCCGUGGGUACCUCAAAGCCUUCAUCUAAGGAAGCUGUCUUUUCCCCUCGAGGGGUGUAAGCUUUCUGAGAGCCUCCUUUCCAGGCCUCACCUCCCGCCGGCUCCGCCCGCCCCACCUCACCCCCAACUCCGCGCCCACCCAUUGUCCCCUCGCAGCUGUCACUGCGCGCCGAUCCCCAGCUCCGGAUUGGAAAACCAUCCCGUCGCUCAGCCCACACUCUGGGGCCGGACGCCUCACUCUCUUCCGAGCCUUAAAAGGCCGCCAGCCGUUUUCUCUAAGCCAGCAGGCGCACUCGGGACAAGAGUAAAGAAGUUGGAAACCUAGCAGCCUGGGGGGAAGUGCUGGAGCGGAGAGGACGCGCGCUCCUCAGCUCGCCCUCUGGCGCGGGCGGGCAGGUCGCGCGCGCUGGGGAGCGGCGGUUGCUCCGGGCCCCCAGAGCUGUGGGCACCAAUCAACGGUUGCCAUAGCAGCGUUUGACGUCAUCGUGCGUGUGGUGCCCCUGCUGCCGGGGCUGGUGAUUGGAGGAAACCCCGUGUCUGCGGAGCGGCUGUAGCCUGUGAGCAGCGAGAUCUAGGGACAGAGUCUCAGCCUCGCCGCUGCCGCCCAGAGACUGCUGAACCCCGGUCCGUCCGCCGCCACCCACUCCGGACACAGAACAUCCAGUCAUGGAUAAAAAUGAGCUGGUGCAGAAGGCCAAACUGGCCGAGCAGGCUGAGCGAUAUGAUGACAUGGCAGCCUGUAUGAAGUCUGUAACUGAGCAAGGAGCUGAAUUAUCCAAUGAGGAGAGGAAUCUUCUCUCAGUUGCUUAUAAAAAUGUUGUAGGAGCCCGUAGGUCAUCUUGGAGGGUCGUCUCAAGUAUUGAGCAAAAGACGGAAGGUGCUGAGAAAAAACAGCAGAUGGCUCGAGAAUACCGAGAGAAAAUUGAGACCGAGCUAAGAGAUAUCUGCAAUGAUGUACUGUCUCUUUUGGAAAAGUUCUUGAUCCCCAAUGCUUCACAAGCAGAGAGCAAAGUCUUCUAUUUGAAAAUGAAAGGAGACUACUACCGUUACUUGGCUGAGGUUGCUGCUGGUGAUGAUAAGAAGGGGAUUGUGGAUCAGUCACAGCAAGCAUACCAGGAAGCUUUUGAAAUCAGCAAAAAGGAAAUGCAACCAACACAUCCUAUCAGAUUGGGUCUGGCCCUUAACUUCUCUGUGUUCUAUUAUGAGAUUCUGAACUCCCCAGAGAAAGCCUGCUCUCUUGCAAAGACAGCAUUUGAUGAAGCCAUUGCUGAACUUGAUACAUUAAGUGAAGAGUCAUACAAAGACAGCACGCUAAUAAUGCAAUUACUGAGAGACAACUUGACAUUGUGGACAUCGGAUACCCAAGGAGAUGAAGCUGAAGCAGGAGAAGGAGGGGAAAAUUAACCGGCCUUCCAACUUUUGUCUGCCUCAUUCUAAAAUUUACACAGUAGACCAUUUGUCAUCCAUGCUGUCCCACAAAUAGUUUUUUGUUUACGAUUUAUGACAGGUUUAUGUUACUUCUAUUUGAAUUUCUAUAUUUCCCAUGUGGUUUUUAUGUUUAAUAUUAGGGGAGUAGAGCCAGUUAACAUUUAGGGAGUUAUCUGUUUUCAUCUUGAGGUGGCCAAUAUGGGGAUGUGGAAUUUUUAUACAAGUUAUAAAUGUUUGGCAUAGUACUUUUGGUACAUUGUGGCUUCACAAGGGCCAGUGUUAAAAUUGCUUCCAUGUCUAAGCAAAGAAAACUGCCUACAUAUUGGUUUGUCCUGGUGGGGAAUAAAAGGGAUAAUUGGUUCCAGUCACACAUGUAGUCGUGGGUACUUUAAGGUUUGGAGCACUUACAAGGCGUAGUGGAAGUGGAUAUCCCGUGGAUAUUACAUGUAAAAUCAUGUAUUAUCUGUGGGAUACUCGGUCUCAAUGUGCACACCUUUGACUACAGCUACGGAAGUGUUCCUUGUAGUGGUGACCCAAUUUACUCUGGAUAAGGGCAGAAACGGUUCACAUUCCAUUAUUUGUAAAGUUACCUGCUGUUUGCUUUCAUUAUUUUUGCUACACUCAUUUUAUUUGUAUUUAAAUGUUGUAGGCAACCUAAGAACAAAUGUACAAGUAAAGAUGCAGUAAAAAUGAAUUGCUUGAUAUCCAUUACUUUCAUGUAUAUCAAGCACAGCAGUAAAACAAAAAAUCCAUGUAUUUAACUUUUUUUUAGUUUUUUUUUUUUUUUUUUUUGCUUUUGUGAUUUUUUUUUUUUUUUUUGAUACUUGCCUAACAUGCAUGUGCUGUAAAAAUAGUUAACAGGGAAAUAACUUGAGAUGAUGGCUAGCUUUGUUUAAUGUCUUAUGAAAUUUUCAUGAACAAUCCAAGCAUAAUUGUUAAGAACACGUGUAUUAAGUUCAUGUAAGUGGAAUAAAAGUUUUACGAAUGGACUUUUCAACUACUUUCUCUACAGCUUUUCAUGUAAAUUAGCCUUUGGUUCUAAAACUUCUCUAAAGGAAAUUGUACAUUUUUGGAAAUUUAUUCCUUAUUCCCUCUUGGCAGCUAAUGGGCUUUUACCAAGUUUGAAUACAAAGUUUUAUCAUAACAACAAAAUACUACUAAUAUAACUACUACUGUUCCCAACCAUAUCCCAUACUCCCCUCUCCCCCUGGGGAAAGAAAUUUUUUUUUUUUUUUUUUCAGUGGCAGGGGGGAUUGAUUGAAAAUAAUGUGUUCCAUUUAAAAUUUUGGUAUAUGGCAUUUUCUAACUUAGGAAGCCACAAUGUUCUUAGCCCAUCAUGACAUUGGGUAGCAUUAACUGUAAGUCUCGUGCUUCCAGAUCACUUUUGUUGUUAAGAAUUUCUUGACGCUCUUAUAGCUUGCCUUCAGUUUUGAUCCUUUACUCUUUCUAUUUGUCAGGUGCACAGGAUUACCCCUCUUCAGCCUUCUGUCUUGUCACCAACCAUUUCUACUUGGUGGCCAUGUACUUGGGGGAAAGGCCGCAUGAUCUUUCUGGCUCCACUCAGUGUCUGAUGAUGCCCUGCUUCCUUUGCUUGCAUCCCACAAACUAUUUCCCUCAUCCUCUUCACUGCAGCAAAUCUCUCCUUAGUUGAUGAGAUUGUGUUUAUCUCCCUAUAAACCCUGCCUACCCUGAAUGGUCUGUCAUUGUCUUUGCCUUUAAAAUCUUCCUCUUCCUUUCUUUAAAUAAUGAUGGGGCUAAGUUAUACCCAAAGCUCACCCUGCAGACCAUUUCCUCAGUACCUUGCAGAAAUCACCAAACAAAAAAUACCAUUUUAAAAGAGGUGUAUUUUUUUUUUUCUUUUAGAAUGUAAGCUCCUCAAGAGCAGGGACAAUGUUUUCUGUAUGUUCUAUUGUGCCUAGUACACUGUAAAUGCUCAAUAAAUACUGAUGAUGGGAGGCAGUGAGUCUUGAUGAUAAGGGUGAGAAACUGAAAUCCCAAAUAUGGUUUUGUUGCUUGUUUUAUUAUGACCUCAGUUUAAAUUGGGAAAUAACAGCCCUUUGGGACAGUUGUCCCAAAUAUUACAUUCAAAUAAAAGUGCAAUGGAGGCCUUGGGGUCUUUCUUUC